UAAAUGAGCAGAGCAAACGAAAGUAACAUUCGACGAACUGAUGAUCAUUCCAGACUCUGUUUCUAUUGAGAGAUAAAAGGCUGGUUGAAUGAGUUGCCUAUGAAAGCUACUUCAACUGCAAGAAAACAGCUGCACCAGUGACUGUAAGGGGUCAGUGCUCUAAAAUGAGUCUCUCUGAGGAUAGAGAGGAGGGGGGCCUUGCCUCUAAAAUGAGUCUCUCUGGGGAACAUGACACCAAAGCUAAGAGCCCAAUCAAGCAGGAGAGACCAGCCUCCCCUGUACCCAGCUGUGUGUCCAUGAAGAGUGACAAGUCUAUGGAGCUACCUAUAUACUUUAGCGAGGGAGACCUUUCUACUGAACAAAGUCCAAUCAAGCAGGAGAGACCAGCCUCCCCUGUACCCAGCUGUGUGUCCAUGAAGAGUGACUGGUCUAUACGUGAACCUGUGAACUUUAGAGAGGGAGCCUUUUCUACUGAACAAAGAAACCAGCAGGAGAGAUUCGAGUCAGAGAUUCUCAGUGGUCAGUCUUCCCAGAGUCAUCAAAAAGACCUGGCCUCCAUAUUCAGUAUGCUUGAAGAGAAUAUUAUGACAUUUGUGAAGAACGAGCUGAAGCUGUUCAAGAGGAUUCUUUGUCCAGAACUCCCAGAAGGCUUUGAGAGUCAGAAGCAGGAUAAGGAAGUGGUGGAUUCUGAAGAUGAGAAGCAGGAGAGCAGUGCCAGAGAGGGGGCUCUGAAGAUCACACUGCACGUCCUGAGGAAAAUGAACCAGGUGGAGCUUGCUGACACACUGGAGAACUAUUCAGAUGAUCCUGCUGUGAUUUGCCAACGUGAACUCAAAUCUAAUCUAAAGAAGAAGUGUCAAUGUGUAUUUGAGGGGAUCGCUAAACAAGGAAACCCAACACUUCUCAAUAAGAUCUACACAGAGCUCUACAUCACAGAGGGUGGAACAGGAGAGGUCAAUAAUGAACAUGAGCUGAGACAGAUUGAGACAACAACCAGGAAACAAGCAAGACUAGAGACUGCAAUCAAAUGGAAUGACAUCUUCACACCCUUAAAUGGACAAGACAAAUUUAUCAGAACUGUGCUGACAAAGGGAGUCGCUGGCAUUGGAAAAACAGUCUCUGUGCAGAAGUACAUUCUGGACUGGGCUGAAGGAAAAGCAAAUCAGGAUGUGCAAUUUUUAUUUUCAUUCCCUUUUCGGGAGCUGAAUUUGAUGAAAGAGAACAAACACACUUUCAUUGAACUUCUCAAUCACUUCUCAAUGGAAACCAAACAAUCAGGAAUCUCCCUCUACAACAAGUACAAAGUUCUGUUCAUCUUUGAUGGUCUGGAUGAGUGCCGACUGCCCCUAGACUUCCAGAAGAACAAAAUCUGUUGUGAUGUCACAGAGUCAACCUCAGUGGAUGUUCUGCUGACAAAUCUCAUCAAGGGAAAUCUGCUUCCCUCUGCUCUCCUCUGGAUAACUACCAGACCUGCAGCAGCCAAUAAGAUCCCUUCAGUGUGUGUUGACCAGGUGACAGAGGUAAGAGGGUUCAAUGACCCACAGAAAGAGGAGUACUUCAGGAAGAGAUUCAGUGACGAGGACCUGGCCAGCAGAAUCAUCUCACACAUAAAGACAUCAAGGAGCCUCCACAUCAUGUGCCACAUUCCAGUCUUCUGUUGGAUUUCUGCAACAGUCCUUGAACACAUGCUGAAAUAUAAGAGAGAAGAGAUGCCCAAGACUCUGACUGAGAUGUACACACACCUUGUGGUGUUUCAUACCAAACAGAAGAAUGAAAAGUAUCUUGGGAAAGAAGAGACAGGUCCACACUGGAAUAAAGAGAGCAUUCUGUCACUGGGAAAACUGGCUUUUCAACAGCUUGUGAAGGGCAAUCUGAUUUUCUAUGAAGAGGACCUGAAAGAGGCUGGUAUUGAUGUCAUUGAAGCCUCAGUGUACUCGGGAUUGUGCACACAGCUCUUUAAAGAGGAAUGUGUGCUGUACCAGGAGAAGGUGUACUGCUUUGUUCAUCUGAGCAUUCAGGAGUUUCUGGCUGCUGUAUAUGUGUUCCUCUCAUUCAUCAACAACAACGAGAAUCUAAUGGACAAACUGCAAACAAAAUCCAAUAACUUUUCUUUGCUAUUCAGAGACGAGCCUGAAGUUAGUUUCUACAAGAGUGCUGUGGAUAAAGCCUUACAAAGUAAGACAGGAAACCUGGACCUUUUCCUCCGCUUCCUUCUGGGCCUCUCACUGGAGUCCAAUCAGAAGUACUUACAAGGUCUACUGACAAAGACAAGCAGCUCACGGAGCCAUGAAGAAACAGUCAAGUACAUCAAGGAGAAGAUCAGGGAGAAUCUUUCUCCGGAGAGGAGCAUCAAUCUGUUCCACUGUCUGAAUGAACUGAAUGACCAUUCUCUAGUGGAGGAGAUCCAAAGCUACCUGAGAACAGGAAGUCUCUCUGGAGCCAACCUGUCACCUGCACAGUGGUCAGCUCUGGUCUUUGUGUUGCUGACUUCAGAAAAGGAGUUGGAUGUGUUUGACCUGAAAAAAUACUCCAGAUCAGAGGAAGGUCUUCUGAGGCUGCUGCCAGUGGUCAAAGCCUCCAGAGCUGUCCUGUGAGUACAUACAAUGACA